AUGUUUUGUGCGAUCUCUGGUGAGGCGCCGAAAGAGCCUGUGGUCUCGAAAAAGAGUGGCCACUUGUACGAAAAGCGGCUCAUUGAGCAGUAUGUGGCAGAGCAUGGUAAGGAUCCUGUCACAGGCGAACCGUUGACAGAGGAUGACCUUAUCCCUUUGCAGUCGUGUACGUACGCGCGACCACGUUCGCUAACUCAACCAGCUCCUCGAACGGCAUUUCCACGCCCUCCGACGCAUUCGUCGGUACCUUCGCUGCUGACAGCGCUGCAGAAUGAGUACGAUGCUAUGGUGUUUGAGACGCUGGCGCUGCGGAAGCAGUAUGAAGCGGCUCGGCAGGAUCUGGCGAAUGCGCUGUACACCAACGAUGCAAGUAUGCGCGUGAUCGCGCGCCUGAUGAAAGAACGAGAUGAUGCGCGGGAAGCGCUGGCGAGUGUGCACCAGUCGCUGGGCCUGCCGGCGCAGACGGCCGAGGCGACGACCACGGACGAUGUGGAUAUGGAUGCGGCAGCUGAUGCGCCUCACACGGCUUUCCCUUCGGACAUGCUUGCACAGAUUGACGAGACGGCAUCGCGUCUCUCGUCCGAGCGUCGGGCGCGUAUCAAGCGCGGAGCGUCGGACGCGUCGUACCCUACGACAGAGAGUGUAUCGUCGUUGCAUGAAACAGCGUCGAUCCCAUCGCUGCAUGGCGCCUCCUCGCCUGGCAUCACGGCGCUGGAUGUGAGUGCGAAUGGACAGUGGCUACUUACGGGCGGCAAGGACAAGCAUGUGCUGGUGAUCGACCGUGAGAGUGAAAAAGUGCUCUCGACGCUCAAGGGGCACACCAAGCCUGUGACGGCCGUGGCCUUCUCUGGCCGCAGCAACCCCUUGGUGGGGCACGAGGCAGCGGACGCGGCGCCGGCGCCUGCCUACGCUGUGAGUGCGAGUGCGGAUAAGACCGUGCGUGUGUGGCGCCAUGAGGCGGAGGGGACGUUCCGCCUGGCGCAUACGUGGAAAAGCCACACGGCCGAGGUGACAGGCGUGGACGUGCACCCCACGGAUGCGUUGGUCGGCAGUGCUUCGCGCGAUGGAUCGUGGGCGCUCCACUCUCUUGAGACGGGCGAGCGCUUGUUGCAUGUGACGCAGCCCUCUACCUCGGACGACGAGGCUGGGUACGAGUACGAAUCGUUUGCGUUCCAUCCCGAUGGUCAGCUGGCUGCGACGGGUACCGCCGAUGGCGUGAUUCGCGUGUGGGACAUCAAGCAGGGCCGGCAAUCGGCGCUCUUCCGGACGGAUGCCGGGCGCGUGCACGCCUUGCACUUUUCGCAGAAUGGCUACCUUCUCGCAGCAGCCUCGGACCAGGCAGCCGAGGUGCAGAUUUGGGACUUGCGGAAGUUGGCGCUCGCGCGGCGUGUGGAGGCCGCCUCGGCGCCCGCCCAAGUGCGCUUUGAUCCUACGGCGCAGUUCCUCGCGGUGGUCGGCGCGGCUGUGCGUGUGUACGGCGGGAAGACGCUCACGCUGUGCGCUACGAUGGACGUAGGCGACGCCCGCAUGACCAGUGUGCAAUGGAGUCCCCGCGACGGCGCGCUCCUUGUGGCUGGCAUGGACCGUACCGUGCAUAUGUACACGCCCUAA